AUGGGAAAGACAGAGGCUGUUUUACAUUGGUAUGCGGGUCUGAAAUCCCGAAGUGUCGACCUGGUGGGAGAUUACGCAGGUGAUGAGUUGUUUCUCAUCGAAGGCGACUCGCUGCUUGCCCACACCUUUUCAAACAAGAAACUAGAUUUUAACCCUGGCUUCCAGCUGCUACAUGCCACCUAUAUUAUCGAGAAUUUUCUGCGCGGAAUUCACCAGCGGAAAUGUACUUUCCAUCUCGUCUUUUUUGAGGACAAUGCAAAGCUAUGCAUCCCACCUAAUAUCCCGGGUAACCUGCAUUCCAGGUACCUUCUGGCCCGAGAAUCUAUUAUCCAGCAUUUCCAGAGCAAUAUGGACGGUCGAACUUCGCGUACAAAGGUUAAGGUUUUUGAUUCUUAUUAUGCCAGCGAUUUUAAGAGCUUCUUGACUGCCUCUCGAGCGUAUUUUAUCAUGUGUCAUGACGGUGCUUUUGUCAAUAUUGAGCCGGGAGUUGAAUGCAGUGCCAGCCCCGAAAGCGAAGAUGGCCAGGAGAGUGAUUACAGUUUUGAAGAAGUUGAAUCAGCAGUUCCGAUCAAUCUUGCCAGUCAUGCUAUUGGUUUUCGGUCAAUGAUAAACUGGUUCGUUUGCCUAGGUUAUAGUAUUGCCCUCCUCAAUGGUCUGGAAUGUCGGGAUACCAAGGUAAUGGCGAUAAUUGUGACAGGCAGCGCAACAGGGGCUCGAAAGGCGUCCCCAUACAUGUCCACUGCUGAUGAUGAGCCAACUGGGAUUACUAGCGGGGUUUAUGAUGAAGACGGAAGGUCUGAUGCGGAAUCAGAGUCUGCUUCUAGCAAUUUGGACGAUACUGAUGCUAACGAGAUCGUCGCCAAGGAGCUCGCCAAAUUGGAUUUAAACACGAGUGGUAUCCCUGAAUCAAAAAGGGGAGCAAGAGACCCGCAGGACUUGAAAAUUUUGCAAGAAUUCCAGAACAUCUUGAAGAAGUCCGAUUGUCAGGACCUGACCCAGCGUGACCUUGUCGUCGUCAUGACGCUGAGCCUGAUGUACAAAUACGGUGUCCUGGAAGGACACAGUGCCGCGGAAUCAGAAGCAAUACUGAUACACACUGCCACUCUGCAUGAGUGUCGUCUUUCCGAUCGCGCAGUCAACCCCAAAUCAAACCGGGGUAGUAUUUUCUUCUCAAAAUUUAUCACAUCUGCCUACCAAGUUCUCAGAUCUGGUUAUUGGAAAGAAUUUGUGGGCAAAAACACAACUUAUUGCGAUUUAGCUGAUCUACUUGAUGGUAGAAUAUUUUUCCAUCUUUUGAACUUAGGAUUUUCACAAAAUAUUUCCAAUUCGUCAGUGAUUUCAAAGUUCGAGUCUCUCAUUAUAUGGGUGAAGCGACUGUGUGGAGUCAGCAUUACAUCUGAAAUAUUAAUCUCGGUGCGAAAUGGCGUAUCUGGGAACGCAAUAAAGAAUGUAAGGGAAUCCGAGAACACCCAAACCACAACCACUUCAAAAGAAAUUUCUAGGAGCGUGCUCCCUUUCGCCCAUCCUGUCUUUGACCGUCACUUGGCGCCUGUCCGACUCGCGAUCGACAAAUCCCAUACGCACAAAAUUACAAAAACAGCAUCACGGGUUUUCCAAGAGCUUAGCCAUUGGCAUAACUGUCGUCGUCCCGUUGGCGCCAAAGUUGCUGCUCCAAAAAUGACAGAAAAGCAAGCAUUCUUUGCUAAUCGUCGCAAUCAACGCUUUAUGUCUGAGAUGGCGGAUUACGCGGCAAGCCUAACUAAUGCGACAGGUGGAAUACUAAAACCGGAGACUAUUUUCGUACAGUCUGGGAAAGACGAAAAGCAGAAGAAGCCAUCGGCGUCGAAACCCAAUAUCAUUCUUCGUUCUGAAGUUAAUGAGAAGAAAGGUCCGUUGAAGUCCAGCAGCAAAAGGAAUCUCACGAAAGAUCUUAUUGCCGCGAAAAAUGAGAGAAGGAAAACGGAAGAGACGGAAAAGCAGCUUCAAGCAUGGUCCAGAGUGAAAGCUACUUUCGAUAAAGAAUCUGAUUUGGCUAUCCGGUUCACGAACGUCAAGAAAUACUUGGCUGAACGUUCACACAACAGCUACGUCGUGAUAGAAGCUGAAGUUUCGACUUAUCUGCUGCACAUUCUGGUUCAGCUGUGGAUAACUAGAUGCAAUGCUGGUGAUCGGGACCCGUCACUCCAUAUUGCAGCGUUCAUUUGGGAUAUGGUUUGUCGUAUUUCUAAGAUCAAGGAAGGAAUAACCCCUGACAUUGCGGAAUAUGUUACAGAAACCGUCAAAGCCCUUCGGUUGCCACAGGUGGAGCUUGGAGUUCAAUUCAGUCUGAAGCCAUCGCAAGCGGCUGUGAGGUUUCCUUUUCUAGAAGCUGCUAAAAAUGGAGUUCUGGAUAUCGGAUUGUCUCCUACCGAAUUCCAGCUCAGCCAUGCUGCUCCUUUCUUUGAUCGGAAUAUGGAUUCUGCCCGCGAUCCCCGUGUCCGUGAUUUUGAGCCUGACAAGUGGCAGCGGGAGGUUCUUGACGAGAUUGAUGCCAACAGAAGCUUAUUUUACGCGAUGAAAAAAAUUCUUGAAGAAGACUACAACAGUGUAUUGGUGUAUGUUGCUCCAACAAAGGCUCUUGUUAAUCAGGUCGCUGCCGAAAUCCAAGCUCGAUUUUCGAAGUCCUUCAAGCACGGUGGCAUGUCUGUAUGGGCCAUCCAUACCCGCGAUUACCGCAUCAACAACCCUACCGGCUGUCAAAUUCUAGUUACGGUUCCACAUAUUCUACAGAUUAUGCUCCUUGCGCCAUCGAAUGCGAAUUCAUGGUCACCCCGAGUCAAGCGCAUAAUUUUCGACGAAAUACACUGCAUCGGCCAAGUGGAUGAUGGUGUUGUAUGGGAGCAAUUGUUGCUCCUUGCCCCCUGUCCUGUUAUAGCUUUAUCUGCUACAGUUGGAAAUCCACAGGAGUUCAGCAAUUGGCUCCGCAUGACCCAGAUGGAGAAUGGGAUCGAUCUCACUACGAUAGAACAUCGCCACCGCUAUUCUGAUUUGCGGAAAUUUGUUUACAACCCACCAACCAAAUUUCACUUCAAUGGCUUACCAAACUCCGUACCUUUCGCCCCCACGGGUCUCGACAAUGCGUUUGGUAUGGCAUAUAUGCACCCAGUAGCGUCCAUUGUUGACCGUUCAAGGGGAAUGCCAGAUGACCUGACUUUCGAGGCACGCGAUUGCUGGCUACUCUGGAAGGCUAUGGUGAAAUACCAAACAGCAAGCUUUCCUGUGGACGAAUCGCUUGACCCUUCCGUUGCCCUACCAAGCGUUAUUCGCAAAGUCGACAUUAUCAAUUGGGAGGCUCGACUCAAACCGCUUUUGAAGACCUGGAUCAUGGAUCCAAAAUCGCCUUUUGAUUUAGUCCUAAAAGCGCUUGAAUUUUCCGUGAAAAGUGCCCAACGGCCCGAUAUUCAGAUUUCGUCUGGCAAUUCCAGACAGCCUGAAUUUUCACCAACUGUCGUCCGUAACAACUUCUUAGACACGACAGUUCCGCUCAUCUGCUCGCUCCACGAACAAGGCGCCCUUCCAGCGCUCUUCUUCAAUUAUGACCGAGGCGCCUGCGAGGCGCUCUGUGAGAUAGUGCUUAGUGAAUUUGAGAAAGCAGAAGAAAAAUGGAAAGCAUCGAACUCAGCUUGGAAAGCUAAAGUUACUGCGUUUGAGUCUUGGAAAAUAUCCAAAGACAAACGGGCCAAGAAGGCGGCUCCGGUUGAUGUGAAGAAGGGCAAGAAGGGCAAUGACCAAAUGUCUCGAGAGGAUCGCAUGUGGGACGAGGCAACUGCGGAAGCCAGUGUCUUUGAAUCUUUCGAUCCUGAAGCCCCAUUGGAGGGCUUUCAUCUUGCCGACGUCAAAAAGCUCACGCCAUCCGAAUUUGAGUUACACGCUCAGGAACUGAGGAGACGCUUUGUCCCGGAACGGUUGAUCGCUGCCUUACGACGUGGCAUCGGUGUUCAUCACGCUGGCAUGAACCGUAAGUACCGCCAAGUGUGUGAAAUACUCUUCCGAAAGGGGUAUUUACGGGUUGUUAUUGCCACUGGCACACUUGCGCUUGGUAUUAACAUGCCUUGCAAGACUGUUGUGUUCUCCGGCGACUCUAUCUACCUCACCGCGCUCAACUUCCGUCAGGCUGCUGGCCGUGCUGGCCGUCGAGGCUUUGAUGUACUUGGAAAUGUUGUCUUUCAGGGUCUUCCCUACUCAAAAAUCUGCCGCUUACUUAGUUCAAGACUUCCAGAUCUACACGGCCAUUUUCCCAUCACGACUAGCCUGGUACUCCGCCUUUUCACAUUGUUGCAUGAAUCGAAGCAGGCGCCUAAUGCGGUGAAGAUGGUCAACUCCCUUCUCUCAUGCCCACACAUCUACCUUGGUGGAGGAGAGGCACGAGACCCUGUAUUGCAUCAUCUACGGUUUUCUAUCGAAUUCCUACGCCGCAAUCAUCUUUUAGGACCGGACGGCGCGCCUUUAAACUUUGCAGGAUGCGUCUCUCAUCUCUAUUUUGUGGAGAACUCUAGUUUCGCCUUCCACGCGCUGCUGAAGGAUGGCUAUUUCCAUGGUUUAUGCAGAGAUCUCGACACCCGCACCGAACAGAAACUCCUUACGCUGAUGCUGGUAUUGUCUCACCUUUUCGGACGCAAAUACCUGCGGCUCUCUGCCCUGGAAAAUCAGAAAACCGCAUUCAAAAGGUCGACUUCGGUUAUUGUCCUUCCACCCAUGCCUGGCAAACCGGCUAAGGUGCUACGUCGCAGUAAUCAGGAAAUAUUUCAGACAUACAGCACCUAUGUCAAGACGUUUGUAGAUCAACAUAUUACAGAGCCAGACUGUGAGCUACCGCUCACGGGAAUGAAAUGUGGUGGGGAUAUCGAGGUUAAGUUGGGACAGACUACUGGUCAAUCACCCUCGAAGUAUACGUCAGCAUUUUAUGCUCUAUCAGGACAUGGAGACAAGUGGAGUAACAUCUCUGAUCUCUGCGAAACAGUCCGCAGCGGCGUCUGGCUCGAAAAGGCUGUUGUUCCGUACUUGGGACUCUAUCCCGAGGAGGAUAGGGUACCGCUAAAUGCGUACUUAUACGAUUUCUUCAAGCACGGCAAUGUUAACGCUAUUGAAAGGGACAAUGGAAUUCGAAAGGGCGAUAUUUGGUACUUGUUGAAUGACUUUUCCCUAGUCCUUGCAACGAUUGUGACGAGUUUUGAAAACUUCCUCAAGCUGGCGCCGGGCACGGAGGCGGAUAUAGCGGAGGUCAUGGGAACCGGGGACAUGCAUGAGGAGGAAGUGGAUGUGGGAGCAAUGCACGAUGGAUUUGGUGGCAUGGAACUUGGAAACGCGGGAGGAGUUUUGAGCCGGCAUAUGCCGCAAACAACAACUGCUCGUUCCACCGCAGCCCUAAUGACUUCUGCAAAAACAAUCAAGAAAAAGAAGAAGGUGGUGAGCAGCUGGGAGUAUGAGGAUGUGGAGGAAAGUGGUGGUGACGAAGAUGACGGUGCUCCCGCAGCGAGCCAUUUUUGGGACGAUGACGAACCCGUGGCUCCAUGGGACGGAAUGGAUCGUGGUGGGAUCAUCAAUGUGCUGAAAGGAUUCAAGCUAUUGCAGGCGGAGUUCAACACGAAGUUCAGGGGGAUGUGGGCCUAGUAUGGUCAAUCAGAUAUUUUAAUUUUUUUAUCUAGUUGGGAUAGGCUGAUGAGAGAGUUCGUUUCCUUUUGUAAAUAUUACAAAUUGGUCCAGACAUAUUUGUACACUGUAUGUACAAGUACAAUCCAUUUAUCGAGUGCAGUUAAAGUUAGAGCAAUUCAGUAGACUUAAAAAUGAAGGAGUUUCGGGUUUUGCUCUUCC